AUGCCUCUGCCAAAUAUCCUGAAAAAGGCAAGCAGUUACAUUUUAGGCGAUUGUAAUCAGGACAAUCGUCGUACUAUGUACCAGGAUGGUGAAGCGUUGUUUUGCAAGAACAACGUGUGCGUUCACCCGCCGACUUUGAUGAGACAGAACUCCGACGUGGUGCAUCAUCCCGGUUACAUGGCCAUAACCUGUAGGUUCAAUAAGAACUCGAAUGUACCAACGUUACACCUCAGUUGGAUACCGAACAGCACGCUCCGUAAACAUCCGACCACGUUGGAGAAUUUGAGCGCGAGAAAGGCCGACUGUGCUUCUCACCGGGACGUCGACAUAAGCUCCCACCAUUCCCAAAUAUCGGAGGAGAGCUGCGAUUUGAAAUGUGAAUACGAGAAUACCAGCGAGAAGGUGGACGUCUGUUUGGAGGUGAAGGAGCCGGUCAAUUGCGGGGACUGCGAACGUGUUUGCUCUGGCGGUGGUUUGCCGCGAGGUGGACGCCUCGAGAACGACGACACGAAAAACGACGACGGUGAAAACGUGUGCGAUCACCGAACUGCGCCCACGUCAGAAACCAAGGAAACACCGAGUAUCAAUGUCAAUCGGCAAACGAACUAUCACCGGUCGGACAGUUCAUCGACCACGAUACACGAGGGAAGUGAUCACAGCAUCAAUUUGAAUCAAUUGCGUUCCCAGUCUCUGGGCUCGAAAUACAACGAGAAUCAACACAGCAAAGAUCAAAAACUCUCGGAAUCGCACGAAAACGAUGGGAUUGCUGUCGACGAGGAACUGAAAUAUCCUUACUGCGAUGACGCCAGCCUGAAGAGCCGUAGCAUGUCAUUAACCUCUACGUGUAGUUUGUCUGUCGGUGUAUCCUCAGAAGCUGAAGAAAUUCCAUCAUGGAUGAGAUCACCUGAACUUUUGGCUUUACAGCAUAAUCUGACAUUUCCUGAAAGUGCAACAGCCUCACCAGUGACAUUGCGCAGAGCACACAGGUGUAGAAGAUUUUCCGUAGAUCUCAGUGAAAUGAGAUCCUUAAGAUUGUUUUUUGCUGAUCCAGCUUGUACUUCUGGUCAACUUGUUGUUGCAAGUCGAGAGAGCCAGUAUAAGAUUCUGCAUUUCCACCAUGGUGGAUUAGAUCGAUUGGCAGCAACUUUACAUCAGUGGCAUCAAUUGCUUUAUCCUCGCUUAGAUACAGAUGCUGAGGAGACACUUCCGUACAGGCAUUUCAUGGUAUGUAGACCAGAGGUAAGUCGCGAUGAACUGCAUCCAGAAGAGGGACAAGUACCAAUGAUUACAUCUCUAGCUUGGAAGGAUUUAUUAAAUGAGAGAGGUCAGGUAGAGGAUGAUCUUGCUCUUCGUAAAGGAAUAUUUUUUGGUGGAUUGGAACCUGCAUUAAGGAAAAUUGUUUGGCCUUUCCUUCUUCAUUGUUAUUCGUAUCAAAGUACCUAUGAAGAUAGAGAACAAAUUGAUGCCAUUCGUAGACAGGAGUAUGAAGAAAUACAAAAACGUAGACUGAGUAUGGGUCCGGAACAAGGAGAACAUUUUUGGAGGAAUGUGGUGUGUAUUGUAGAAAAAGAUGUAGUUCGUACCGACAGAGGAAACCCUUAUUAUGCUGGAGAAGAUAAUCCAAAUAUUGAAAUAAUGAAAAAUAUUCUAUUAAACUAUGCAGUUUAUAAUUCUCGAUUAGGAUAUACUCAAGGUAUGUCUGAUUUAUUGGCUCCUUUAUUGGCUGAACUUAAUUCCGAAAUCGAAGCAUUCUGGUGCUUUGCUGGCUUAAUGCAAAGAUCUGUCGCCGUGUGUACGCCUACUGAUGUAGAUAUGGACAGAAAUUUGUGUUACUUAAGGGAAUUAGUUAGAAUAAUGGUACCAGAUUUUUAUGCACAUCUUCAAAAACAUACAGAUGCCUUGGAACUUCUAUUUUGUCAUAGAUGGAUACUAUUAUGUUUAAAACGCGAAUUUCCUACCGAAGUAGCGUUAGUAAUGUGGGAAGCUUGUUGGGUAAAUUAUUUAACUGACCAUUUUCAUCUCUUUCUUUGCCUUGCCAUAAUGUGUGUUUAUGCGGAUGAUGUGAUAGCUCAAGACCUGAGAACGGAUGAAAUGCUAUUGCAUUUUAGUUCUUUAGCUAUGUAUAUGGAUGGAAAUCUUAUAUUAAGAAAGGCAAGAGGGCUACUUCAUCAUUUUCGUCAACUUGUACGUUUACCGUGCACAUUAGCAGGACUCUGUCGACAAUGCGGUCCAGGAAUGUGGGAUAGCACUCACGACCCUGUCAUAGAAUGUGUUGAUCAUAAUGACGCGCCUUGUCCAUAUUUGAAUAAUUAUGAAUAA